UUUUUGUUGUUUAUUUUUGUUUUGUUGUCUAUGCAUGCCACACAGCAAAAGAUGACAAACAAAAAUGACUCAUGUUCGUUAUAUUGAGACUUUAUUGCUUUACACAUUUUAUUACUAAUAGUACUCCUGCAUUUUAGAUCAUCUAACGCUAACUGCUUCGGUUCUGGCAACAAACAUGAAUAAAUAAAGAUGCGCAGUCGAGUGAAGUAGUUUCCGGUAAGUAGUGACUUCACUUCCGAUCAAAUGGCCGCCAAAACAAUGGCUGGAAUGUUGAGUUUUACCACCAAGGAAAACAGUUUUAUUUAUUAUUUUCUCAUGUAACAUUAUAUACGAUACUCCAUUCCAGUCUUCGGAGUGGACUGUGUAGUGCUCGAUAUGCCGUGAGCAGCGAGGCUGAAAGUUACAGCUGUGGUGUUUGAACUGCUUUUGGAGGAAACUUCGUUAACUUACUGCUGUAACUCGCACUGUCGCGUUAGCUUAGCUAGCGUUUACACAGAGGUCGAGUCUGUCCGCUGAUUUUAAAUCUUCCAAAUGAAAGAAAGCCGUGUUCACAACCGCUUAGUGAGCUGCCGUUAGUGUGGCUGUAGUGUAGCUUGCUGCCUGGGAUGCAGUGAGCAGCAGGGAAGCCUUUUCUCUCCUCCUUUGACUGAAAUGGCUACCUAGCCGCUCAGCUCCGUUAUGGCCUGUGGUUCAGGAAGCAGCCCCGUUAGUAUCGCCUCGGUGCUGCCCGUAGCUCCGUCGUCAGACGAGGCCAUGAAGCCGGUUCUCUUCGAGAUCUUCGGCGAAAUGUGGAAGGUACAGGCCCGCCUAGGGCAGGGGGGUUCGGCCUCAGUGUACCGGGUCAGUUCGGUCAGCUCGGGCAGAGCCAGCUCGGCCGCCGUGAAGGAGUUCCAGGCGGACGCACAAGGCGGGGAUUACGGGUAUCUGAAGGAGAGAGCUGUGUUGGAGGAUAUCCAGGGACACAAAAAUAUCGUGACCCUGUAUGGAGUGUUCACCCACCAUAACCCACUGGGCAUAGCCACACGCUGUUUACUGCUUGAGCUUCUGGAUGUGAGCGUGUCAGAAUUGUUGGUCAGAGCAAGCAACCAGGGUCACUCCAUGUGGCUGAUCCAGCAUUGCGCCCGUGACGUGCUCGAGGCUCUGUGCUUUCUGCAUAGAGAGGGCUAUGUGCACGCCGACCUCAAGCCCCGCAACAUCCUCUGGAGCCCCGAUGAUGAGUGCUUUAAGCUCAUUGACUUUGGGCUGAGCUUCAAAGAGGGGCACCAGGAUGUGAAGUACAUCCAGACUGAUGGGUACCGGGCCCCAGAGGCAGAGCUGCAGAAUUCACUGGCCAAGGCAGGGCUGGAGGGAGACUCCGGCUGCACUACCGCUGUGGACUUGUGGAGCUUGGGCAUCAUUCUGCUGGAAAUGUUCUCAGGAAUCAAACUGAAAGAAACCAUCAAGUCUCAGGAAUGGAAGAACAACAGUGCAGCAAUUGUAGAUCAUAUCUUUUCAAGCAAUUCUGUGGUGUACCCUGCGAUUCCUGUCUAUCAUCUGAGAGAUCUUAUCAAAAGCAUGCUUCACAACAACCCCAAUCGCAGGAGCACGGCUGAAGCUGCACUGAUCAGUCCCUUCUUCAGUAUUCCUUUUGCACCUCACAUUGAAGACUUGGUUAUGCUCCCUACACCCAUCCUUAGACUGCUCAACGUAAUUGAUGACUGUCAUUUGCACAAUGAUGAUGAAUACGAAGAAAUUAUGGAAGACAUGAGGGAAGAAUGCCAGAAAUAUGGUUCAGUCAUAUCCCUGUUGAUUCCUAAAGAAAAUCCUGGCAAAGGCCAGGUCUUUGUAGAGUAUGCAAAUGCUGGAGACUCCAAAGAAGCCCAGAGGCUGCUGACAGGCCGGACAUUUGAUGGCAAGUUUGUGGUUGCCACCUUCUACCCACUGAGUGCCUAUAAGAGAGGUUAUCUGUAUCAAACUGUGCAGUAAGGGGCUACACGCACAUAAUCAUAUGCAUUCAUGCAAUCUAUUCCAUUAUGACAGUUGCUUAGCAGUUGUUAAGCCCAUACUGUGUCUACCAAGAUUAUCAUUUGUACUACAUGAAGUGUUUACCUUUAAAAACAUAUAGCAUUAUAAAAGGCACAUACACAUACGUAGCGUGAAGACCGGUACCUGAUUCUAUGUCUUCAGUACCUAAAGGUUACCGGGGCUUGCUCACAUCAUGCAAUAAUGUCUGACUGUAAUGUCAUUUUUAGUCAUAAAAUAUCACAAAGUCCUUAAAAAAAAUGAAAGGAAAAUGUGACUGACAGUUUUCAGUGAUCCAGUACUGCUUGCAUAUGUGCUUUCCUGCUGUGUGAAACACAAUAUAGUCAGUAGUUUAUGUAAUAUUGAGUAUGUAGGUUUGCUGCUUGGAUUUUUGAAAACUGUUAAUCACUUUAUACCAUGUUUACUCAGUCCUAUCUGUUGAUUACCUAAAAUCUAUAAGUCUUUCCAGUGUGCACAUAUUUAUGAGUUACUGGCAAAACACACUGCCUUGCUUGCACUUUGGAGUGGUUACAUUUCUUCUAAAGAGCUUUAAAACUGCAUUAGAUUGAAACCAGACUCUGAGCACAAACAACCUUUGAAAGGUAUUAGGUAGUCAUAUUCAUUUUCAGUUUACUGGGGGUUUGUAAAGUGCAGAAACUGCAGCACCCGUUUAUGCUAUGUCUAGCCCAAAAUCUUAAAAAAAACAAACCCUUUGUAAGUUUCUGCAGGGUGACAGCUUUUUACUGUAGAACUUGAAUUCCUAAUGUAUGGUGUCUGUUUGAAUGCUAAUUUGUUCAGAAACACUUUGAACAUAGUGGUACAGAAUUCUUAGGGCCAGUUUCCCAGACCCAGAUUGAGCCUUAGCCAAGACUAAAUAGUAUUUUUGGCAUGGCAGUUUAGUCCAGGACUGGGCUUAAUCCAUGUCCAUGCAACUGACCCUUAGUGUUUUUUCUUUCAGUUUUUGCAAAUGGAGAUUCCAUAUAAUAUCUUUGCUAGCUGGUGUUGGGAAAGAUAAAGGAAAUAGUUAAGCUUGCCUCUUGCGUUGAUUAGACUGCAACUGUGAAUAGCCUACUACCUUGACUCAUGGAUUUAUUAUGCUGUCUUCAUACAAGCUUGUCAGUUUUGUGCUCUGAUCUUGAAGCACAUUGUGCAUUCUGCUGUAUUCAUAAUCAACAGUAGUAUACAUUUUUUUUGUUUUGUUUUGUUUUUUGGAAGCUGUUGGUCACCUUUAUGAAAUGGCUAAUACUCUGUGUCCAUUUAUUGUUUCUCAGUAUGAUUAUAGGCUGAAUUACAAAUUAAGCCUUUUGGCAUCUGGCACAAACCAGUGGUUUUAUCUUGAUUUUGUUACCUUUGUGUUUUUUUCCACUUAAAAUAGUAAUGGUACUUGAAUUUGCCUAACAUUUGUUUAGCCACAGUUAGGGAAUUUUAAAAAAAGGUGAUAACCCCAGCGAAAAGGAGAAAGAAGAAAAAUAAAUCUCUAGGAUGAGAUUGAUAUUUACCUCUUAAAGAUCAAAAGAUCAUUAGAGUGUGCGAUAUGAGAAUCAACAGUCAGUGACCUUAAGAACCAUAUUUUAGAACUGUAAAUGAUUUAUUUAAAGAAAUACAAAGCUAUUUUGGUGACCACUGGGAUGUGAGGAAAGAUUCUGUUGCCUUCGAGAAUAGAAAAAUACCAUACAUUUGAUACAAACAAAAAUAGCUUUACAAAUUCCUGAUUGUGACUCUCUUGCUGUGCGGUAACAGUUUAAUAGUUUGCAUGCACAUUUUAAUUUUCGAAACUAUAGAAGCUCUCUAAUCAGUAAGUAUAUGCAUUUGAAUCUGAUCAUUAGUGUUUACAGACACUUUCUGGUUGAUAUGAGCUUUUUUUUUUUCUGUAUAGUCUUCAGAGCUUUCGAGUAUCCUGAGCUGCCAUCCGAAAUGCAAAGCCGUUCCUUCUUCUGUCUUUUGCAUUAUAGAAAUGUAUGUAAGUGUACAAGACAAUGUGAAAAGAAGUGGGUUUAAGGCAGUUUUUGUGGAUGCAAAAGUUUGUAAGAGUGUUGAAGUUUAGAUUUUGCACAUUACUACUGAUCUAAGCUCUUCAUUGUAGUUUGUUAGUGAGCUGUCUCUGUUGAAUUGGACAGGGUACUGCUAGAUUUUCUUUAAAAGGACAUUUGUUAAGCUUUUUGUCGGAGUGUGUGUGAAAGUCUGUGCAGUGAAAGUCGGCUGUGCUCAAUGAUUACCUACAUUCUGAUUCUGAAUGAGAAGGUUCUAAACUGAAGGCAUUGGUUUUGAUAGAAGGUAAAGCAUAAAGCUGAUGUUGCUGGGUCUUUCAGUGUACGUUUUUUUGUACUGCUUUUCAUUUCUCCAGACGCUCCAAGCUUUGUGCAUGAAGAGAGAGCCUCUAUUAGGCAAAUAUAAUAAUUGUUCCAAAUGAAUUCCUUGGUGGCCUGGAUAGAAAUGAACUGAAAUGACUCUAAUAAGACAGUUAAAUUCUCUGUUCUAUACUCUCUCCUGAAUGAGUUACAGGAGACCUACAAUUUAUAGUAAGCACAUACAAAGUAGUGAAAAUACCAUGGAUUUUUUUCAGACAACAUUACCUCAAAAUACAAGCUGAUAACUAUGAUUAUGAAUCAUCUUUCAGAGUGAGCUCAUGUGUUGGAAUGGUACAUUAAAGCUUAAAUCUAGAAAGAGAUUUGUGAAGAUGUGGCUGUGCACUGCCUGUGAUGUUAUGAUCUCAACCAUUUCUGGAUUGCAGGGUGGGUCAAGUGGAUACAUUUACAUAAAAGUGGUAAAACCGGGUUCCCUUAGAUUCCUGAAUGACUACUGAGGAAGAUACAAUGAAUCAUCAAUGUGCCUUUGUUUCCUCAUAGACUAUUUUUACACCCAACUCCAGCCGGCAGAUCCAUUCUCUUUGCAAAAGUGUGUAAACAGUGCUAUCUAGUAACUAGUCUAUUAGAAGAACCAUGACUUCUGUGUCUGCUUGUGUAGUGUUAAAAUGAUCUUGUGUCACUGAGAGUUACCUAUGUAACCUCACAGUCCUCUCGAAUUUCAUGCCUCUUUGUUCAGUUUCUUUUCAGCGGUUGUGCUCGUUCAUGGGUCAGUAGUUUGGGUCUUAUCCAGAAGGGCGAAGUAGGAUAUGAUGCGGUAAACCAGGUUAGACAAACCUGCCCUGAUAAGCUUGUUCCAUUCCACACGCAUUAGUUCACUCCGGACACUACUAAACUAGUUUUAUAACACUGACGUAAUGGUGCAGAAAGUAUGCAGAGAAAAUUCCAAAAGAACCUUGUCUUGCCCCAGAGGAUGAUUUGAAAAUUAUUCCCUUAGAAGAGUUGCUUUUCCUCUUUUGUCUUUAUCUACUGCCAGAGUCUGGGGGCUUUCAGAAUUAAAAUGCACAAAAGUAAGCCCCCUCGCCUUCUCAGAGAAAUUGUUUCAGCACACUGUGUAAAAUUGUGAAGUUAACAACUAUGGAAAAAGUGCCAACAAUCAGAGCUAAACUGACGGUUCAGAGUCAAACCAUAACAGCAAAAAUGACCCAAGGCUACACUGUGGAUUUAUUUACGUCUUUAUUUACUUGCUUUUUAUUUACUUUGUGAAAUGUUGCCUGCUGAGCUUGAGAUGCAGCUGCUGCGAAUACUAAACCUGGCUGGCUGUCAACAUCCUGAGUGGAGAGAGAGGGUGAUAGGGUUGUACUGGUCUUUUGUGUUAUGUCUUGUGCAAGAGAGCAGCUUUUUGAAGGAAAAAGCCAUGGGGUGUGGACAAACACCCAGCCGUGGGAGCAGAAUGCCCUUUACUGCUUGAUCUCUUUAGAAAGGUUGCUGAACAAAGCUGCCAGCUCAAAUGCAAUUUUGGCUUGGCAGCAACUAUUCACUCCCCCUUCUCUCACCUUCUAAGUUUGCUGCUCGGCAAUGAAGUGCAGCGAUUGUCUCUAUUCCAACUUGUUUCCAAGUUGUUUCAGGUGCAACUUUGGAGCUAAUCUAAUUAAAAAAGGUUUGUCUCUAAAUUUCUACAUUUUACAGAGUGAGCAGAAAGGUAGCAAAAUGUAAUUGAGUAUGAAUUAGCUCCUUGGGCAGAGGCUCACUGGAUCUCGCACUGAUAAUGAUGGUCAAACUGACCUGCUCAGGAUGUUUUAGGUGUGGAUUUAUGCUGGUGGGAAGCUCAUAGGUGCUGUAAAAAGACAGGUAUGUGUGAAUAAAUUUUACAAAGCAAAUAAUUUUUACUUCUAUUAAACAGUCUCACAGCUUUUGUGGAAUGUAUAGGCUUUGAUUACACUAAUUAUCAACCAAAUAUCUGUAGAGAGUAAAGAGUUGUAGAACAGGAUGCUCGUAUGCUUACAGAUGAAGAGAGAGCGGAUUAGGUUGGACGAGACUGAAGCCUGUUGUGCUUUACAUACUGCUUUGUUACAGAGAUGUUUAGUGAUGUGGGAUUUCUGGCUUUUUGAAUGAAUUAGGUUGGUAUAACGGGUCUCAGUUUUUCAGUGGUUGAUCAGGCAGUAAACAGUGUUAUCUCACUCUCAUAUAUAUAUAUAUAUAUAUAUAUAUAUAUAUAUAUAUAUAUAUAUAUAUAUAUAUAUAUAUAUACACACACACACACACAUAUAUGUUUACUACAAUUGUAUCUUGUAUUGCAGUACUACUCAAAAGUCAGAGACGACCCUUUAUUUUGUUUAAUUUCCAGUCAAAACAGACAUGCAAGUUCAUACUUUUUCGCACUGGGGGGGGAGCAGGAAAAUCAUAUAUUUAAUAAAGAAUUACAUAGAAACCUCAACAACUAAAUUUCAACUAAAAUUUUAGCAUUUACUAUGUCCAUCCUUGGCCUUUAUUAGAGCUUCUGUUCUUUUCUGGAGACUUGCUUUCAAUUUUUCAAAGAAAUCUGCAGGAAUAUUUUUCUACACCUCUUAAGUUCAGUCUUAGAAAUGAGCUGCAUUUUCUGCUUCUCAAAAUCCUAAUUACAAAUUUAGACUCCUCAGUCUGUAAACAUAAACGCUACUGCACAUCUCACAUGUCCAGUUCCAGUAUUCUGGUGAAAAUGGUCUUCCUUUUUCAGUAAUAGUGUGCUGACAGCUACACAUCCUUUCAGACCUAUAGUGUUGUUGUCUUCUCACAGUGGAAAGACUGACAGAAACACUCGUGGAUUUUUCCAGAUCAGGGCCCUUAUUCGAAAGCGUCUCAGAUUAGGAGUGCUGAACUAGGAUCUGUUCCUGUCAGUAAGAUCAUCAUAAGUAAGACAUGAAUGCGGUCAUAAGUCAGCACUCCUACUUUAAGAAGCUUUGUGAAAACAGGCCCUGAAACAAGAGUGGAGCUUGAUUUUUCUCCUUUCUCUCAAAGAUGAAAGCUUGAUGGCGGUACCAGGUAUUGCAGUUAUUAGGAGUCCCAUUUUCUCUAUAUCUUCAAAAUAUAUAAAAGUUUAUAGCUUGUACUUAAUGGCCAUUUUGACUGGAAGUUAAGGAAUGACUUUUGCACAGUACUGUAUAUUCUUAAAAUGUGAUUUAAAGAUGUGAUCAUUACCAGUAGAAAAUGACUGCUGCAGCUUUAACAGUGAAAAUGAAUGGUAAAAUACUGAUAAUGACAGUCUGAUUAUGACACUCAGACUAAGAGGUCACUUAUGGAAAUUAAAUGUAAUUGCAGUUUUUCAUGAUUGAUCACAACUGAAAGGCUCAAUGACAAAACUGCAAUGUGGGCUGGUAGACGUGGAACGAUACCCGUACGGUAAUACUGUUAAAAAUAAUGCAAGCCACAGUUCUUUUGAGAUUCCUUUAGUUUUGUGUAUUCAGACAAUCACUAGUUCCACCAUUGCCUUCCUUUUUGUAUAUCUUAUCUGUUUGACUACACUGUAGACCGUCGUGGGAAAGAUUGGAUGAGACAGGAGGAAAGAUGAUGUUUUGAUCUGAGUUCUGCCUUAUAGCCCACAUAGAAAGCUGUGCUGGGUGGAAAACUUGAAUUUGAAGCUGUUACAGAGUAGAAUAUUUACCAAAUGAAAUAUGUAGAUUUGGAUGUGAACGUGUGUAUUUUUAUUUUGUUGAAUGAGCUAAAAUGAACAGAGUUGGAUUCCCCAAAAAGACUGUAGCCAUAAGGUCAAAGGGAGGAGUGUUCUAGUGAUCCACACCUGUUUAUUAGAGAGAGUGUUGCAGUGAAAAUCGAUUUUAUGAUUAGCUUAGAGCUGCAGUGCGUUUGGGGAAACUUGUCACAGCAGAUUGUACAUGCACUAUAGCCUGGGCAAGCCUAUGCUUUUGUCUCACAUAACUCUGUAAUGAAUGAGUGAUGGUCAUGUUUCUCACAAUAAAAUGUCAAUUACUA